AUGGCUGGGGGGGAGGAGGGCGGUACGGCUGCGCUGCAUGGGGAAUCACGCGAGGCUGAUGCUAUAAAUGCUGGUGGUGGUGUUGGUGGUGGCGAUGAUGUUGGCGAGUCUGCUGGUUCUGGCACAUUAAGUUCUGGUACUGCUGCGACUGACACUAGUGGGGAAAGGGCUGGUAGUAGCAGCAGCAGCAGUGGUGCUGGCAGUGCUAGUGCGGCUACAGGUGCUGCUGCUGCUGCUGAUGAUGCUGAUGCGGAUGGGGAUGAUGAUGAUGAUGAUGAUGCUUCGGGUGCUGGUGCAGCUGAUGGCGCUGCUGUUGUUCAUCUAACAGCUACCGGUGGUAGUAUUAGCAGCAGUAGUGGGUCUGACUUGCAGGGAAUGAAUCGUGGGCGAGAAGAGGGUGAAGGAAGAGAUGAGGCGAGAGAUGGGGAGAGCGAGAGAGAGGGGUACAGCAGACAGCAGCAGGUGAGUGGGGAUGAGGUGGGAGGUGGAGGGGUGGCGGAAGGGGGAGUUAAGGGAGGGGCGGAUAGUUUGGGGGAGGGUGGUGGAAACGGGGGGGCAGCAGCGAAUGGGGGAUUGGGGGAGGGAGGAAUAGGUGAGGUCGCAGCAGGGUAUGGUGCAGAAGGGGAGGGGCGAACAGGCUUGGGGGAAAGAGUGGAUGGAGAGAGAGGUGGGGAAGUAGGAGACAGCAGAGGAGAGGAUCAACCAGCCAGGGGAGCGGAGGAAGGAAUGGAAGAGGGGACAGGGAAUGCUGAUGGAUUGGCUGCUGCUGGCCGGACAGAACAGGUGGACCAGGAGGGAAUCAGGGAAAGAGCAGGAGGAACUGAGGGAACAGCAGGAACAGAGGGGAGAGACGUAGGCAUGGAUGGAGCUGGUAGUGCUGCUGCUGGGGAAAGAGGCGGAGGGGAUGCGACAGAGCGGGUGCAAGAGGAGGAGCUGAGGGGGAGUGACAGGGAGAGGGCCUAUGCGAUGGGUCUGCUUUCAAACAGGGCGGAGCAGAGGGAUAGCAGGGAGAGCAGAAGGGAGGAGGUUCAAGUGCAAGAGGGCUCUGGGGGGAGAGUAGCCGGAGGCAUGGGAGAGGAGGAGGGGGUGGGGAGAGGAGGUGAGGGAGGUGGGAGGGAGGUUGCAAACCCUGCACAACUGUUCUACGAGCAGCAGAUGCAGAGGGAGCAGGAGGAUGCGGCGCACAGGAUGGGGUACAAUGGCGAGAGGGAAGCAGAGGGACGGGACACAGAUGGCACAGCAGCAAGCAAGGAUAUGCAGCAGACAGGAGGGGCAGAGGCAGGUACGGAACAGAGAGGGGUGGGAGGAGCGGAGAGCAGGGGGCGUCGUGAGGAGGAGGAGGACGAGGGGGAUGAAGGGCUGGGGGUGGUUGUGCAGGCUGGGGCGGAUAGGGAGGGACAGGGGCAGGGCGUGCAGCGGGCGUUGCUGGGAGUGAGUUCCGAGGGAGGUGCAAGGGAUAGGGCGGCAGCAGCAGCAGUGCAUCAUGGUCAACAACAGCAACUCUCACGUUAA